CGUUAAGUAGAAUCAUAUUCUUCAACUCCCCAUAAAAAACAAUCAAAUUACAUAUAUUAACUAUUCAUAUUUUUGUUCAUUAUCUUAAUAAAUAUGGAGCAUUCCGAGCACUUUACUUCAAAAACCUUAAAAGAAAUCGAAGGUAUCACUAAAAGUCCGUUGGUGAACUUCAAAUAUUCCAAAUUCAAACAGAAAAGCAAUAGAUCCGAUGAAAGUGACGUUUAUUGCCCUAUUGAUGAUGAUAAUCUUUCACCAAAAACUAAAGCAAUAAUCCCGGAUCACAUUAAUUCAUCAUUUGAUAUGUUAUGCGAAACGGCAAAAUAUUUUGGAAAUAAUAACCAUCUGGGUGUAAGAGAAAAGAUCACUCUUCCCGAUGGAAAAUGUGAAUUCGGAAAUUACGUUUUCAACACAUACAAUGAUAGCGUUAAGUACGCAAAAAUAAUCGGUACAGCUCUGACCAAGGAAAAUCUGAUUCCAGAGUCAACAAUAGAUAACUGUAGAUUUGUAAAAAAAGCCAGGUUUUUGGGAAUUUGGUCAAUGAAUUGCCCUUACUGGCUUUUGACCGACUACGCCUGCUGUGGAUACGGUUUUGUUAGCGUUCCAAUAUAUGAAACGCUGGGAGACGACGCCCUGUUCAAGAUUAUUAAAACAACUAAAAUGGAAGUCGCCUGCAUAGAUUCGAAAAAGAUAUCAAACUUGGAACACCUCUUCUCUGAAUUUAAGCAGCUGAAAAAAGUCAUUGUAUUCGAUCAACUCACUGAAGAUGACAAAAGGAGACUAGAAAAGUUGGGUCUCGAGUACUAUUUAAUGGACGAUUUAAUUGAAAAAUACAAAUGCAGUUUUGUCGAUCCUCCACCAACUAAAAGAACGGAUGUCUGUACAAUUAUCUAUACCUCUGGCACUUCAGGAACACCUAAGGGUGCUGUGUUCAGUAAUGAAGCCCUCAUCAUACUAACCGAGAGGCUCCUGAAUGUUCAAAAUCGUUGUAGAUUAACUUUCAAGUCCUGUAUUCUUAGUUUUCUUCCCCUGUCCCACGUUUACCAGCGCUUCAUAGAGCACUUCAUUGGAUCAAUUGUUGGCCGUAUAGGGUAUUACUCAGGAAACAUCAAAAAUAUACUUGAUGACCUAAACAAACUAUCUCCUAACUUUCUGGUCGGAGUACCCAGAGUCUUCACCAGAAUACUCACCAGAAUACGAGAUCAAAUUGACUCGAAGCCUUACCUGGUCAGAAAGAUCAUUGGCUUCUUUGUUAAAGGAAAGAAGAGAGUGUUCAAGAAGAGACCGCACAAACCAAAUCACUUCUUCUAUGACUUGGUGAUCAAAAAGAUCAAGUCGAAGUUUGGAGGGAAGUUCGAAAUCAUGGUCCUGGGCAGCGCUUCUAUGACUGACGACGAUGUGUGUGAUAUUCAGGCUUUUAUGGGCACUCCUCUGGCAGAAGGUUGGGGAACAACGGAGCUGGGAGUCUCCAUCCUGCAAGACUAUAGGGACACCAAAAAGGGCACAAUCGGUGGACCACUGCACGGAGUUGAAUUCAAGCUUCGCUCAAUUGAGGAGCUCGGAUACGACGCCAGAGGCAGUCCUCCGAGAGGUGAACUCUUGGUAAGGGCACGAGGAAUCAUGCUCGGUUAUUUCGCGGAUGAAAAUCUCACCAAUGAAGUCCUGGACGAUGAAGGUUGGUACAGAACAGGUGACGUUGUUGAAUUGAUGCCCAAUUUGGGACUCAAAAUACUCGAUCGAGCACGUAAUUUUUUCAAAAUGUCACAGGGUGAAUAUAUUGCACCGGAUAAACUUGAAAAUGCCUACGUCAAUGCAAAGUUGGUUGAUCAGGUAUUUGUGCACGGAGAACCAACCGAGAAUCACUUGGUUGGAAUCGUCGUGGUUUCGAAAGAAAAUGUGGAACUGUGGGCCCAAGCCAAUGGACUCGCAGGUAAGACAGUACGUGAGCUUUUGACUAACGAGAAACUCAAGACCAGAAUAAUGGAAGAUUUCGAGAAGAUUGCCAAAUCUCAGAACUUUAACUCACUCGAACGACUUAAAGUCUUCACACUCGUCGACCAGCCAUUUUCAGUUGAAGAUGGAAUGCUAACCCCGACCUUUAAAUCUGUCAGGUAUAAGAUUAAAGCCAGAUACAACGCUGAAAUCAAACAAAUGUACAAUGAUGUAAAGCAAACCAACAACUCAAGUUAAAAUUGCUUCCUUAAUCUGAUGCAGUCUAUUA